UAACUUAUGUAGGUAGUCAUAGAGUUAGAUCUCUGACUUUUCCUUAAAGAGAUUCAUUACAUUCACAGCUAAGCUAACAGUUUGUUAUUAUAAAAUGUGUUAAACGUUGGCUGUAUUAUAAAAUAUUUUUUGUUAUCAACAGAUAACUCAAAUUUGAACUCAGUUACAACACCUGUGUGAAUCUCUAGAACUCUUACUUUUGCUUAUAGAGAUUCAUGACAGCUAAGCUAACAGUCUGUCAUAAUAAAAUGUUUAAGAUUGGCUGCAUUGCAUAAAAUGUUUUUGAUAUUUAUAUUCACCCGUGGAUCAUUAUAUACGAAUUUGACAAAUCUCUACGUCAUAGGAAAUUGGAACCAUUAGAGUCAACUACCUACUCUCAUAUUACAAAAACAAAGCAGCAUUUUUUGUUAUCAACAGAUAAUUUUUCACACUAUCACACACACCAAAACAAACCAUGUCUUCUUUCUUCAAAUUCAAAUUCAACAACUUUCUGGACAUUGCCAAGAGUCCUGAGGUUUUUGAUUGGAUGGUCAGUAUCAGAAGGAAGAUUCAUGAGAAUCCUGAACUGGGUUUUGAAGAAUUUGAAACAAGUGAACUGAUAAGAUCAGAAUUGGAUAAAAUGGAUAUACCUUAUAAACAUCCGGUUGCAAUCACUGGUGUUAUUGGCUUGAUAGGGACUGGUUUGCCUCCUUUUGUUGCUAUAAGAGCUGAUAUGGAUGCUCUUCCUAUGCAGGAAAUGGUGGAGUGGGAGCACAAGAGUAAAGUAGCUGGAAAGAUGCAUGCAUGUGGUCAUGAUGCUCAUGUUACCAUGUUACUUGGUGCUGCAAAGAUUCUCAAACACCAUGAAAAAGAAAUACAAGGAACAGUUGUUCUUGUUUUCCAACCAGCAGAGGAAGGAAGUGGAGGAGCUAAAAAAAUUCUUGAAUCUGGAGUAUUACAAAAUGUUACAGCUAUAUUUGGAUUGCACGUUGUUCCUGAACUGCCAGUAGGAGAAGUGGGCUGUAAGUCUGGUCCAAUAUUAGCAGGAAGUGGCCGUUUUGAAGCAAAAAUAAGUGGAAAAGGAGGUCAUGCUGCUGUUCCUCAAAACGCUAUAGAUCCCAUAUUGGCAGCUUCCAAUGUGAUCAUUAGCCUACAGUACCUUGUUUCUCGGGAAGCUGAUCCUUUUGACUCACAGGUUGUGACUGUUGCAAAGUUCCAAGGAGGUAGUACAUUCAAUGUUAUUCCAGAUUAUGUCACAAUCGGUGGAACCUACCGAGCUUUUUCUAAACAAAGCUUCAGCCAUCUGAGACGGAGGAUUGAAGAGAUUAUUGUCGGACAAGCUGCUGUGCAUAGAUGCAAAGCAACCGUGGAUUUUCUUGAUGAAGAGAAACCUAGCUAUCCUCCAACCGUAAACGAUAGUAACUUGCAUGAGCAUUUUGUGAAUGUUGCAGUGAAUAUGCUUGGUACCAAUAAAGUUAAUAGUACCGUGACACCAUCCAUGGGAGCUGAAGAUUUUUCUUUCUAUCAAGAGGUCAUGCCUGGUUACUUCUUCAUGCUUGGAGUGCAGAAUGCCUCACAUAAGCCGUCUGAAUCAUCAUUACACUCACCUUAUCUCGAAAUCAACGAAGAUGGAUUUCCUUAUGGAGCUGCACUUCAUGCAUCAUUAGCUUCUAGUUAUCUUCUAAAACAUCAGCAAAAUAUGCCUGGUGCUGCUGAUACCAAAUAUCAUGAUGAAGUAUAAAUGUUAGAUUUGUUCUCCUCCAACUGUUCCUUUAUGUUUCAUUCUCUAGGUAUUGUUAGUCUUUAAGUUAUGAACUUAUGAUGAUUUAUGUCAUAUUUUAAGUUAUGAACUUAUGAUCAUCUUGCACUAUUUUACUUUAUGUUAUAUUUUAAGUUGUGAGUUUAUGAUCAUCUUGCACUAUUGUACUUUAAGUUAUUAACAAAUGAUAAUCUUGUAAUUUAUAUUAUAUUUCGUACCUAUU